AUGGGUCCUUGUCAAACUAGUUGUUGUAACAAAGAAAUAGAUUAUGGAUUAAAAACUCAAUAGAAGAGUGAAAACAAUAUUGAUGAAGUUAAUCCUGAAUUUGAAGAUUCAAAUAUACAACAUUCACAUCAUUCAUAAUAAAAAGAUAAAGAUAAAUUUUAAGAGGAUCAUUUACAUUUAGAAUCUGAAUUAAUUAAAAAGAAGAAUCAACCAAAAGAUUCUAAUUGUGUAAGUAAUUAAAAAGACCAUGAAUAAAUACAGAAAAACUAAGAAAUUAUUUAUAAUAAUUAUGAUCAUCCAACACCUACUCUUGAUUAAAUAUGUUAAGAACAUUAAAAUUAAGCAGAUAUAUCUGAAAAACAAGAAAAAAUAAUUAAGAAUUCUCUUUUUUCCAUUUCUAAAAAUUAAAAUUUAGAGUCUAAUUAAAAGUUAUAAAAUUAAGAAUUAGAUGAGACAAUGAAUGAUGUUAGAAUUAAAUUGGGAGCUAAAAUACUUGAUAAAGGAGCAGUUUAUGAGGGAGAAUGGCUAAAAGGUAAACGUGAUGGAACUGGCAAAUAAAUUUGGCCUGAUGGAUCAAUAUAUUAAGGAUAAUGGAUAGAGGAUCACUGUUGUGGAAAGGGAAAACUUAUUCAUGGGGAUGGUGAUAUUUAUGAAGGAGAUUGGUUAGAAGAUUAAGCAAAUGGAUUUGGAAUUUACUAACUUAUAAAUGGUGCUAAAUAUGAGGGACAAGUACUAUUGUAAAAAUUAACUUAGUGGUUUAAUGACUAACAAGAAGGAAAAGGUGUUGAAAAAUGGCCAGAUGGAGCAAGUUAUGAAGGUGAAUAUCAUGAAGGAAGAAAGGAAGGUAAUGGUAUUCUUUAUUUUGCUGAUGGAUCAAAAUACAAAGGGUGCUUUAUUAAUAAUGAAAUACACGGAAAUGGAAUUUAUUAAUGGUCAGAUGGAAGGGUUUAUAAGGGUGAUUGGAAAAAAAAUAAAAUGAAUGGAGUAGGGGAAAUUAAAUGGAGUGAUGGUCGAAAAUUUAUUGGAGUACUAUUAAUAUUGAUUAAAAGAAUUACUCAGAAGAUUUGAAACAUGGAAGAGGAUAGUUUUGGUGGCCAGAUGGUAGAAGAUAUGUGGGAAAUUGGGUUUUGGGUAAAUAAGAAGGAUAUGGUGCUUAUUAUAUGCCUAAUUAACUAGUUAAAUAUGGAAUUUGGUAGGAUGGAAUGAGAAAAUAAUGGAUAGGGAAUGAGGAAUUGGAAUAGUUAAAGGGUAAAUAAGUUAUAGAUUUUUGA